CCCCCAACACACCCACACACAUACAUGGCUGCGCGUGCACUCUCGACGGUUGUCAAGCGGACAACGGGCAUUGUUGGCCUGCCUGUGGCUCACAACGCCCAGAAGACCCUCACUGCCCUCUAUGCCCAGACCCUCGAGGCUCUCGAGGCUCUCCCAGAGACCGCCCAGUACCGCGUCAAUGUCGAGCAGAUGACCCGCACCCGCCUCGACGCUGUCAAGAAGGCCACCUCGGUCCAGGAGCUCGAGGAGAUGGUCAACGCUGGUCAGGUUGAGGAGCUCAUUGUGGCUGCCAAGAACGAGCUCAAGCUCAUCCCCAAGAUCGCAGCCGGCAAGCCGUGGGAGACGUCCAAGGCGUCCAAGCUGAACGUCGAGGUCAUCUAGGCAACGAGCCAGACGUAGUUCUCGCGCCUGCGUGAACCGAUAAUGAAAUACUUCCGAGCUGUGGAGA